AUGAGGGGCAUACCGAUAAAUGGACAGCGGUGGAUUCCACCGGAAUCUACUGUGGAACGCCAGAAGUGGAAGGCGGCCAAGGUGGAGGACGAUUGUGGUAAAAAUGAGAUGUGGGGGUUUCGGAAAGCCAAGGGGUACCAGAGGUUACUAUUUCGGAUCCUAAGCGGCGUCGAACUGGUUCUGCUGAUGAGAUGGGGAUGGAAUGUGAAGUAUCGGUUUCAAAAACUUGCACGAGGCGGGUCUUGCGGGGCAAGCCCGCCUAGGAUUAUGAAUUUCUUAACCUGGAAUUGCCGAGGGCUUGGCAACCCGACGGCAGUUCAAGUAUUAGCGGACUUGGUCCGUGAGAAGAGGCUAAAGGUUGUGUUUUCGAUGGAGACCUUUUUGGUGAAGAGCAGAAUGGAGCCAAUAAGGGUUACGUUGGGUUAUAAUAAUAUGCUGGUGGUCGAUGCAAGCGGGCGCAGUGGUGGACUUGCUCUUUUGUGGGAUGAUGCCAUACGGGUGGAUGUCACGGGAUACUCAUCGAAUCAUAUUGACACCACUGUGAUCUUAGAUGUGGGCAGUCCAGAAUUUAGAUUAACGGGGUUCUACGGGUUCCCUAAGAGCUACCGUAGUUGGGAGUCAUGGAAUUUGCUCCGUACACUGGCAAGUACAUCCAGUCUACCUUGGGUAGUCAUGGGGGACUUUAAUGACAUAUUGCACCAGUAUGAGAAACGGGGACGACGGCCACAACCCCAAUGGCGGAUCACGGGUUUCCGGGAUGCUAAACGGGACUGUGGUCUCACUGAUUUUCCCUUUGCGGGCUAUCAGUUUACAUGGCAGCGUUCGAAAGGUACGCCGGAUAUGGUCGAGGAGAAGUUGGAUAGAUUUCUUGUAACUGAGUCAUGGCUGGUGCAGUUUGAAGGGCCUAGGUCUUUGCCAUGUCCUUAUAGUGACCAUCUGCCACUUAUGUUGUCGCCUAUAGUAAUCAAUCAUCUACCGCGCCGGCACAGGUUCUGCUUUGAUAAUAUGUGGCUGCGUGAGCCGGUACUUCGUGAAGUAGUAGAGCAUAGUUGGGGCAGAACGACAGGUAUGGAUGUGUUUCAGAGAGUGGAGUUGUGUAGUCGGGACAUCUGGCGAUGGGGGCGUGUGUAUAACAAAGGCUUUCAGCAGCGCAUUGACCAGUGCAGAAGGAAGCUUGAAGCCCUACAACCACGUAGGGAUAUGGCUGGUUGUGCUGACUAUGAUAGAGUGGAGCAGGAGUGGCUAGCGCUAUUAGACCAGCAACAUGUGUUUUCGCGCCAGAGAGCAAAAGAACACUGGUGGAAGGACGGUGACCUGAAUACAAAAUUCUUUCAUAACUCGAUCAAGGCAAGGAGGAGACGGAACAGGGUUACAAGGUUGAGAAGGGAGGAUGAUUCAGUAGCGGAGGGGGUGGAACAAGUUGGGGCUGUUAUGUUGGAAUAUUAUCAAACUUUGUUUACAUCACAGGCAGGGGAUGAUGCUGAUGUUAUUGCCUGCAUUAAAAGGAGUAUAACCACGGUGGAUAAUGCAAUGUUGUGUGUACCAGUGAGUAUGGAGGAGUUCAGGAAGGCGGUGCUUUCCAUGCAUCCAGACAAAUCACCGGGACCAGAUGGUUUUGGCCCAGCGCUAAAAAUAGACAUGAGUAAGGCCUAUGACAGGGUCGAGUGGCGUUUCUUGCGUUCUGUUAUGUUGAAAAUGGGCUUUAGUGAGAAGUGGGUAAGCAUUCUUAUGGAGACAGUAACUAGCGUUAAGUAUCACAUUUUUCAUGAGCAGUUGGGGCCAAUUGAGCCGGGACGUGGUUUAUGUCAGGGAGAUCCGCUAUCGCCUUAUUUGUUUCUGAUGGUUGUAGAGGGGUUGAGUGCUUUGAUAGACAAUCGUAUGAGCCGUAGCUUAUUACAUGGGGUAUGUUUAGCAAGGGGGGCACCACCAGUGACCCACCUCUUGUUUGCAGAUGAUUGUUUCCUUUUCAUGCGUGCUAAUUUGGUUGAAACUAGUCAGAUGAAGGAAAUUUUGGAUAUAUAUGCAGGAGCUUCGGGCCAGUUGGUCAAUUAUGAUAAGUCAGUGGUUUGUUUUAGUGCCAACACUCCCAGUGCUAACAGGGAUGAAGUUCAGAAUGUCCUCGGUGUUACCCCGGGGGAUACAUCGGGCCGGGAGAUUGAGGUUAUUUUUAAUCAGUACUGGUGGACGGGGAAGGUAUGCGGUGGUACGGGGCUGCAGUGGAAGGCUUGGCGUAAUCUUUGUGUGCCAAAGAAGAAAGGGGGUUUGGGAUUCAGGACUUUGAGAGAUAUGAAUGUUGCACUUCUGGGGAAGCAGGUAUGGCGAUUGUUAACUCGUCCGAACUCAUUGGUAGCACAGGUGUAUAAGUGUAGGCAUUACCCCAAUACUUCCAUUCUGGAUGUUGUGGUUGGCCACAACCCAUCAUUCAUUUGGCGUGGCUUAGUGGAGGCAAAGGGGGCGAUUAAACAGUGGGCACAGCGGAGUAUAGGCGAUGGUCGAACCACUACAAUAGGGGGAGAUCCAUGGCUUGUAUUGGCCGAUGAUCCUUAUGUGCGUACACAACUUCAUGAAACUGUAAGGAGUGCCCCGGUUAGUUCUUUGAUGAAUGGUGCAGGUACUGGUUGGGACUGUGAGUGUGUCAAGGACCUGUUUGAUGAAAGGGACUCGAAUCUUAUACUUAAUUUGCCGCUUGCAUCGAAGGUUCUGCCUACAAGGGAUGCUUUGUUAUCCAAACGGGUUGCAUGUGUGAUUCAUUGUCAUAUGUGUGGCGUGGCGGAUGAGUAUACUGAGCAUUUGUUCCGUGAUUGCCUUCAUGCCCGGGCAGUUUGGAUGUCACUCCAGUUGCCGCAUACAGCAUAUGAUCAAGGUGAUAUAUUAGACUGGUUUUUUGCUAAUUUGACUAGCCUAACGGGUGAUAUUCAGUGCAAGUUUGUAAUGCUUUGUUGGGGGCUAUGGGGUAGCAGGAAUGAUAGUGUCUGA